CGUGCACAGCUCCUGGGUAUUGCAAAACGUCAGCAAGUUUAGAGCUAGAAUUCAGUACUUUUAACCAUUCCACAUAAAGAAGAUGGAAACCAGUUUUCCCCCUCUACAAAUUUAUAUAAUUAAGAGUGAAAUUAAACUUUUUAAUAUCGAAGUACAGAACUAUUUAUUCUCAUUUCCCACUUGCUGCGCUGCUCUGCAGGGACAGGUGUCCAUGCUCGCACAGCUGCUUUGCUGCGGAAUGCAAACGUGUCAUGUGACAGAGUUGCAUUCCACAGCAGGUGCAGAGCUUCCCUUUAAGAGUUCAUUUUAAAAGAAUAAUAUGUAUCAGAAAUUAAUGCACGAUGAUACCAAAGAAAAAAAAUUGUCAUUGUGUAAGACUGGAUCCUAUUAGAAUACAAAGCGCAGCACAAUCUGAGUUCCAUUUAGUUUAGAUUCAAGUUUAGUUGUGUGCGACGCACGGGUGUGGCCGGCCCUUUGUUUGUAAAAUGAACGCGGCAUGGCGGCAUCAACAAGAGUCCUACUAAAAAGAAGAUCAGGAUGACUGGGCUACUCAGCAGAACCCCCAUGUCUGAUGCCAGGGAUCGUGUGAAAAUGGAAUCUGUCCCCAUUAAAGAGGAGCUCCCUGAGCUUGAACUGGUCCCCAUUAGACUGGUUUUCUCCGGAUUGCCUUCCCUCCCCAUGAAACAGGAGAUGCCAUGUGACAGCAUCAAGCCAGAGGUGUCUGGUAUUAAAGAUGAGAGCAAUGAACUGGAGAUCCCCCAGACAGCAGGACCAGGUCCCAUUAAAGAAGAGGUGCUGGAAAUGCAGCCACUAAGCAGAAGCAUGUGUGAUGCCAUGGACAGUGUGAAGACUGAAUCUGACCCGAUUAAAGAGGAGCUCCCUGAACUUGAAGUGGUCCCCAUUACACUGUUAUCUGCACUGGCUUCCCUCCCCAUUAAACAGGAGCUCUGUGAGAUCAUGCCAUGCAGUGGCAUCAAGCCAGAGGGGUGUGCUGGGAUUAAAGCUGAACCCAGUGAAUUGGAGAUCUGCCAGACAGAAGAACCCGUUUCCUUGAAAGCAGCCCCCCCUGUGCUGGGUCCUGUACGCCUGCGGGCGUGUAGCGUGGUGCUGAAGAGAAUCUGCCUGAGAGUGCAGGGCGCUGGAGCGGGAGCCAGCUCUCCCAACAGCAUGCGAGGAUGUGGAAAGGAAGACGGGGGGAGCUCCCAUUCAGAGUGCAGUCCAGCAGGUUCCAGAAUAGCAGCUAAAGCAAGGGCGAGCAGUGACUGUGGGAAUGGUGUCACCAAGUCAGGAGGUUUUAGAAUACUCCAGCGAACGCGCAGAGGAAAGAAACCGUAUCUCUGCUCUGACUGUGGGAAGAGUUUCAGUUGGUCAGAAAACCUUGCAACACACCAGCGAAUUCACACAGGAGAAAAACCAUUUCACUGCUCUGACUGUGGGAAGAGUUUCAGUCAUUCAGCAACCCUUGUAAUACACCAGCGAAUUCAUACAGGAGAAAAACCGUAUCAGUGCUCUGACUGUGGGAAGGGGUUCAGUCACUUAGGAGAUCUUGUAAAACACCGGCGUGUACACACAGGAGAGAAACCGUAUCGCUGCUCUGACUGUGGGAAGAGGUUUAGUCAUUCAGCAACCCUUGUAAUACACCAGCGAAUUCAUACAGGAGAAAAACCGUAUCGCUGUUCUGAAUGUGGGAAAGGGUUCAGUCACUUGGGAGAUCUUGUAAAACACUGCCGUGUUCACACAGGAGAGAAACCGUAUCAGUGUUCUGACUGUGGGAUGAGGUUUAAUCAGUCAGGACACCUUAAAACACACCAGCGAACACACACAGGAGAGAAACCAUAUCGCUCUGACUGUGGGCAGAGUUUCAGUCGGUCAGGAAACCUUGCAUCUCACCAGCGAAUUCACACAGGAGAGAAACCAUAUCACUGUUCUGACUGUGGGAAGAGGUUUAGUCAUUCGGCAGCCCUUGUAAUACACCAUCGAAUUCACACUGGAGAGAAACCAUAUCAGUGUUCUGACUGUGGGAUGAGGUUUAAUCAGUCAGGACACCUUAAAACACACCAGCGAACACACACAGGAGAGAAACCGUAUCGCUGUGACUGUGGGAAGACGUUCAGUUCAUCAACAAAUCUUGUAUCACACCAGCGAAUUCACACAGGAGUCAAACCAUAUCACUGUUCAGACUGUAAGAAGAGUUUCAUUCAGUCAGGAGAUCUUGUAAAACACCAGCGUGUUCACACAGGAGAGAAACCAUAUCACUGUUCUGAUUGUGGGAAGGGUUUCAGUUCGUCAGGAUACCUUGUUGUACACAAACGACUUCACACAGGAGAGAAACCAUAUGGCUGUUCUGAUUGUGGGACGAGGUUUAAUCAGUCAGGACACCUUAAAACACACCAGCGAACUCACACAGGAGUGAAACCGUAUCACUGUUCUGGUUGCGGGAAGAGUUACAGUGAUUCAAGAGACUUUGUAAAACACCAGCGAAUUCACACAUGAUAAAAACUGCAUUGCUGCUCUGACUGUGGGAAGAGUUUCUAUGAGUCACGACACCUUGUAAGACGCGAGUGAAUUCAUGCAAGAGAGAAACCAAAAAAAAAAACGCCUUUAGAUUUCAGUGAUGUUCCGUAUGAAAUAACUUUGGUCUGUUUUGGUCAGAAGAGCCAGCUUCUGUUUCAUUGUCGCAGAGCUGCCUAGUGUGGGUGCCUGAGCGGAGGAGACAGACCCUGCCAAAAAUCUUUAACCCUUUGAGUAGUACGAAUGUACUGGUACGUCAUUGAAUUAAUGGUCCCCAGGGAGUAUGAAUGUACGGGUACGUUCUGCAAAUUUUGAGCUUUUGAAUUUGAAUUUUGAACUACAAUUACUGGGUCUACAAAACUGCUGAUAAUCUGAUAUUGUAACACUAGGUGUCUGUAACACCUUGUAAUGGUCUCUUGCGUCAUCUGCCAGAUACUGACAGAAUUACACACACCAAACCCAGUCAAAAAAUGUCCACAAUGUCUGGAAAACAGCGGGAAAUGCUCUGUGGGAAAGAAGUACGAGAAAUUAUAUUGAAUUCCGAUUUAAAUUCUUCUACUGAAUCAGGCGUUAGUGAAAAUAUCAGUGAAGAAUAUUUACCUUCCUCGAGUGGCCCAAGCUCAGACAAUGUGACAGGGAUCACUGAGCUACAUUUUCCUCACUGCCUUCACCCUCACCACGUGUUUACCCGGACGUGUUGUUGAUCCUGAUCGUUGUUUAUUGAGUACCUGUUACUUUUGUCAAAACCUUUCGCUAUGACAAAAUAACGAUUCAUCUUUAUUUGUUUUGUUUAUUUACUAUAAGAAAUAGUUGUUUACAUAUUUUCAUUGUGUAAUAAAUUGCUAAUAGGCCUACCAACAGAUGUGUCGAUGUGAGGAGUGUAAAUAUGAGAAAUUAAAAAAAAAAACUCACUCCAGUGGGCCCAUCAAAACAUUCUAAAACUUACUACUCAAAGGGUUCAUUCAUAUAUUUAGGAAAAGUCAAAAACUGGCUGUGGCAGCACGAUUGCCCUGCACAAUGGGGAAUUUAGUGUUGGUGUAAUUUGUAUGUGGAAGUGGGUUUAUUGUGUAUCAUUGUGGGAGUUGAUUUUCUGUGAUUAGAUUAUUGUUUACAGACGGGCGCUCCAUUGAGACUUGCUGCCUGCUAGGUUUGGUUGAGGGGAAGGAGAGGGGAAGGUUUGGUUGACAGCAAGUGAUUGGCUGUGCUGUUCCUCAAGCGGCAGGUGGGCGAGUCUUGAGUGUCCGUCAGUUUAAAAACAUCCAGUGGAGAUCGCUCUGGGCGACUGCAUUGCCAUGCUUCAGAGGGGAGCUGCGUAUACUCAGGAAGAGAGCAUCUGCUCUGCAGGAACGGGAGCUAUGCAACCCUGCAACUGCAAGCGGUGCUUGUGAAGGCUGUGUGAAGCAGCAGGAGUCGUCAUAUGAACACUGGCUCAUCAGUAGAUUAGUUUAGGGGAUAGUAAUCCCAUGUAAUGUACAGCGAGGGUUAUGUAGUGUAGCCGGUUCCUGGAGCGGGACGCCUCGUUUAUAAGGCUAGCACUCGCCCUGUGUGUACCUUUUAUUUGUAGUUUUUGUACUGUGUUUUAUUUUUCCUUUUGCACAGCUUGCUGUAUGUGUCCUCUGUGUGUUACCAUGGCUGGCAACAUCACAUGACCCUUUUGUUUACUUAGUUUUGUGAAUAAAUCCUGCGUGCCUGUGCUGGCGUUUAACUCCACCUUCCCAUGUCUGUGAUGCUUAAACAGCGGUUACCCACACACGGGAGACGAGCGCCCUGUCACACGGACACACACAUACGAUUUACAGCGGAAGAGUAUUUAACAUUUUAAAUGCAAAAUGGGUCAAACUGACCUGCAUGGCGGUUCUACUGUUAAAUGACUACAGUGAAAGGAAUUUGAUG